CAGAACGAUAAUUUCAAAUCAUUGAUAGCUGAUAGCAGCGAGCAACUUUACUUUCACACUUGAUAUUGCAACGUGGGCAAUGAAAUUUUUAAGACUUUUCCUAUUAUUGGGUCUUCUGAUUGCGGCCUUGGGUGAAGUUGCAGCAACAGAAGAAGAAGUUUAUGUAGAUGACGCAGUUGCAGCACCUGAAGAUGAUGUAUACCCCGAAGAUAUUGCAGCACCCCAAGAUGAAGGAGCCCCAGAAGAUGUUGCAGCUCCCGAAGGUGUUGCAGCUCCUGAGGAGGAAGCCGUUGACGAAGAAGCCGCUGACGAAGAAGCCUCUGACGAAGUAGCUGCUGACGAGGAAACCGCUGAGGAGCUACCCGCUGAGGAGAUACCCGCUGAGGAGAUACCCGCUGAGGAGAUACCCGCUGAGGAGAUACCCGCUGAGGAGAUACCCGCUGAGGAGAUACCCGCUGAGGAGAUACCCGCUGACGAGGAAGCCUCUGAGGAGUCUGCGGAGGAAAUUGCCGAUGUGGACGCUGGUGAAGAAGAUGCAGGCGAAGAAUAUGAAGAAGAAGAGGGCGAUGGAACAGAUCUGGAAGUUGGAGGAGAACCACCAGCACCUGGAACUGUCCCAAAAGGACCCGGAUCCACUAAACCCAAGACCAAACCAAAAACCAAACCUAAAACCAAGCCAAAAAAACCAGUUAAACCCCCAAAAAAAGCAAAAGGCAAAGAAAAGAAAUCUGGCUAAAGCGUUAUAAAAUCACAUACCUUCAAGGGAAUAAUUUUCUAUACAACUUAGUUUAAAUGUAAUUGAAAUUUUUAUAUAUUCCCCUUUAAAUAAAAGAAUUUUAUUUUUUUUU